AUGGCGACUUCGGCUAAAGUCACCAAAUCUGAGAGCAAAAAUAACCACGAUGCCGCCGACGAGCAGGCUGAUAAAGAGCAGCAGGAGUUAAUUGAACAAAUAGAUGAAGUUCAGAAUGAGAUUGACAAGCUCAAUGAAAAUGCAAGUGAGGAGAUUCUCAAAGUGGAACAGAAAUACAAUACACUUAGGCAGCCUUUCUUCAAGAAGAGAUCAGACCUUAUAGCAAGGAUUCCAAACUUCUGGGUUACUGCUUUUGUCAAUCAUCCACAAGUGUCAGCCUUGCUCAAUGAAGAUGACGAAGAGGCACUUCAGUUUCUUACAAAAGUUGAGGUUCAAGAAUUCGAAGACAUCAAAUCUGGUUACAGAAUAAAUUUUUAUUUCGACACAAAUCCAUACUUCACGAAUGACAUUCUGACAAAAGAGUUUCAUUUAAAUGACACCGGCGACCCUUCAUCCCAAUCAACACCUAUCAAAUGGAAAGAAGGAAAGGACUUAACCAAGAAAGGCAGUUCAAACAAGGGAAAGAAGAGGAGCCACGAUGAGCAGGAAUCCUUCUUCAGUUGGUUUUGUGACCACGCUGAUGCUGGAGCCGAUGAGCUCGGAGAGGUUAUCAAGGAUGAUAUCUGGCCUAAUCCUUUACAGUACUACUUGGCUUCCGAAGUCGAUGAGGAAACUGGUGGUGAUGGAGGCGAAGAAGAACUUGAUGAUGAAGGCAACUUUGAAGAUGAAGAGGAGCCUGAAGAG